GGAGACACAAAGUAUAAUAUCUUCAUUAUCGUGAAGUCCUGUGGCCAAAAAACCCCGCAGCGUCACGUAUUUUCGGUUUUAACUGAGCGUGCGCCCUCCCGCGAGGUGGAUGCAAAAUCCGGCAGGCAUGCAAAACUCGGCACAACACCGGCUGCAGGUGACCCCGGCCGGGGAGCAUUCAGAGGCCCAAUGGGUUCAGGUCGAAAGAGGAAUGGUGAUCUACGUCUGUUUUUUCAAAGGAGCAACAGACGACAUCCUGCCCAAGAUGGUUUCCACGCUGUUGAACUUGCGGCUGUGCGAGUCAGACUCCGGGAAGAUGGUGUCGGUGCUGGAGCUCCCCGGCAGCGUGCUGGUGGUCCCUCAGGCCACAUUGGGGGGCAAAGCCAAAGGCAAAGCCAUGCAGUACCACAACAACAUCGGCAAAGAGGACGGACUGCGGCUCUACGCCGCUUUUGUUUCUCUUUGUGAGCAGGAACUGGCGGCUGUGUCGUCCAACAACGUGACAGUCAAACACGGAACCUACGGGAACAGACAGGUCCUGAAGCUGGACACCAACGGGCCUUACACGCAUCUGAUGGACUUCUGAAAAGCCGAGAUGUGUGUGGAGUUAAUUCAAGCAGAAUUAUCACUCCAAAUGAGGCCUGGGUGUUUGUCCUCUGGUGAAGAUAAAACCCGAAUCGGUUCCAGACCUGGCAGUGGUGCGUCAAUAUUCACAAAGUAAGAUUAAAUAAAUGAAAUAUUUGCAUUAACUUUCAUAGACAACCUCCUUAAAACCUUAAAGGGACCUUUAGAAACCCUUUUAGACACCUCAGCUCCAAACUGUAACACUCCGUGUACCAUUGGACCAAGCUGGCAAGGACACAUGGUCUUCAUAUGCUCUGCCCAGACCCUCCAGAUAUGAAAUAUUACCCCGUAGUCAUCUUUACAUUAUUACCCGAUGUAUUAGACAUCAUAAAAACACUAUAUAGACAUAUGUUAGCGUGCUACGCAUCACAACCGAUGUUUUCUGAAGGCCUUAUACGGCGUCAGGCAAAAUGAUCUGACACAUUUGUAGGUUAAAUAAAAGGAAAAUAAAGUAAAGAAACAAAAAAGCGUUUUAAUUAUCGAAAAGUACAUAUAAUGCCAUUUUUUAAAAUUAAUUUUUGAGUCGCUGCCAAGAAUUGGAGCGGUGAGCAUGGUGCUCCAAUGGUCGACAUGAUCCCGUAGCAGCCCCAAACGCCAUCUUGUUAUGGGUUACCAACCAAUCAGAGCUUCUGGAUCUGCAUUGGAACCAAAAUCAACCAGUCGACCUCGCACCUUGCAGAACUGAUAAAAAUUUUAAACCAUAAUGAAACAGAAUGGCAUUAUAGUCAUGUUGUUUUACUUUAUUUGCCUUUUAUUUAACCUACAAAUGUGUCACAUCAUUUUGGUUGACCCUGUACUUGUACUGUAGUCCUUUGUGUGCUUCAUUUAGGACGGAAAUAUGUACAAUUUGUGUUCAUACAAAAAUACAAAAUGUUCAUAACCUAAGUAUAACCUAAGUAUUGGGCCCACAUUGGAAAAAAAAUAAAAUGAUUACGAGAAUAAAGUCCAAAAUUUACGAGAAGAACGAUGUCGGACAUUGCUCUUCAGGAAUGAAGAAAAACAUUCCUCUUGCUUCUGGCAACAUGAUUUCGAAAAUAAAGGC